CUUGGGCGCGGAAUUAUAAUGGGCUUUUCAAUCGACGCAAGAUCAGAAGCUUCCGAUCUUAAAACCGACCACCCGCUGGUGUUCGAACAAUUUAACAGUCUUCGGGUUGAGAUUGACUCUGAAAUAGAUAUCAAUUGUGCAAGUGGUGAAACACCCGAACAACGCCAACCGCAUGCGAUAUCCCGGCGCUAUGAGGCUGUCAAUGAGAUGGAGGAAAUUCUAAAACACAUCCGCAGUUUACCGGGCUAUGACGGAUUCCUGCUCCCCCCUCCUCCAGACGCGCUAAUGAGAAUGGCAACAAAUGGUCCCAUUGUUGUCUUCAAUAGCACAUUUUAUCGGAGCGAUGCCAUAAUUGUCACCACCUCCGCUAUAACUUCAUUAGAACUUCCGAAACUGAGCUAUGACGACACAGUAAGCCGCAUGAACCAAUUGGCAAGCUUUGGAGGUGGAUCCUUUCUUAAGCGGCGUCAGGAUACCAAAGGGAUGAUAGACCUCAUCCGUUGGUUAUGGGAUGCAGCAGUUGGGCCUGUUUUUGACCACCUCGAAGCCAGCGGGGUCAUCAUCAGCGAUAGUGUUCAUGAAAACAAUUCGAACAUGAUUUGGUGGAUUGGGGUUGGUCAAUUAAGUAUGGCACCUUUCCAUGCGGCCGGGGACCAUUCACCAGGAUCGACCCGUAACACAAUAAGUCGAGCCAUCUCAACAUAUAUCCCAACAAUCAAAGCCCUCUCCUAUGCACGCCAAAAACAACUUCAGCUUUUCGAGGAAUGUGAUUCUUCGUUUUCAGCCGCGCGAUCUAAGAAAGCUAAAAUUCUCAAAAAACGCAAUCCCCGCUUACUUCUCGUUCCGAUGCCGGAAACACCAGGUGCAACGAAGCUACCGGGAGUCAACAAAGAAGUUCUAUAUAUACUGGAUUCCACAUCCAAAAGUUUCAUUGAAACCACCUUGUUGAGCAGUCCAACCCCGGCAGAGGUCCUCAAGAGAAUCAAGCGCCAUGAAAUUGUCCACUUCGCCUGCCAUGGAGUGUCUCUUCUCAACCCUUCGGAUAGCCACCUACUUCUCUUCAACCAAGAUGGGAUCAGUUCUGAUAAGCUCAUGGCUCGCGAUAUAUCCAAAUUGGUUACACAAAACGCACAGAUCGCAUACCUUUCCGCCUGCUCCUCAGCCCGGAACCCCUCCACCGACUUAGCUGACGAAGUCAUACACCUAGCCAGCGCAUUUCAGCUCGCGGGGUUCAGUCACACAUUUGCAAACAUGUGGGAAACAGACGACCAAGCCUCAAGUGAAGUUGCGAGAGACUUCUACAACCUGCUUUUACAAGAUGGAGGAAGCGGCAAAGACGACCACCAGCGCAUCUCAACCGCAUUUUACAAAGCUGUGAAGAAAGUUCGGGAUGCUAAGCCAGGCAACCCUCUCCUAUGGGCCCCCUUCAUACAUACUGGUGCC